UGGCUUACGUAGGUUUUGUUACAUUUUAUUGUAGAAUUGUCGUCUAGCUUUACAAAAUUACAUAUGAAUUGUAACAUAGGACCUUUAUUUACUUGUCUACCUUAUACAUUUUGAUUAGUGCGUACAGACAUAUAUUUUUUCUGCCUCUUGGAAGUAAUAAAAAAUCGAGAGAUAAACUUGUAAGUUAUCUCUUCAACUUAUGGCGUCGAAAUUAUUCUGAAGGUCAGAAAAACACGCUUCGAUUCUACAAAAAGUAUUAUUUCUUGGAACAGUUCGAGAUCUACAAAUACUGACAAACAUAAGUAUAAAUUAUGUUUUAAGGCUUGGUUAAACUGCAAAGGAGGAAAGGGAAAAAAAAUGCACUUUAUGUUGGAGUAGAGAGUGCUUGCCUUUUGAUCGGAUAGGAUUUCGAUAAUAAUAUUUAAUUCAAUAAGGAAACUGAUAGCGAAGUUAUCAGGGAAUCGCGGCUCUACACACGAGCAAAGUCCACCAUUUGAACUGUAGAGUAGGCUGGAAUAUGGACUUUUAAGAUCUACCUAAACUAAAAGGUAAAAUGUAGUGCCGUAAACUAGUAGAUUAUAUUUAUAGCUACGGGAGUAUGUUUAGCAGGUGAUUUACUGCAGCAGUGACGAGUUCCACGUCACCUAACCGAGACGUUAGCACCUGCCUGCGGAUUGUCAACGGUCUACUUAAUUUAUCUAAUCAGCACGACCGCAAGUGUAGCUCGACUAGCACAAUGUAAGUGCCCACGAUAACCAUGCUAAACCUGCCUAGGCACUUCCCGAACUACUGAAUCUUACGUAUUUUCAGCGUCAGCGAUGGCGGAGUUCUAUUGAUUGCUGUUCUAUUUCUUAUUCCCCGACGCAAAACCGACGGGGUGUUUGACGUGUCCGUUUGUGUGUGUGUAUGUGUCUGUCUGUGGCAUCGUAGCUCCCAAACGGAUGAUCCGAUUUUAAUGCGGUUUUUUGGUUUGAAAGGUAUAUCAUUCGAGAGAGUUCUUGGCUAUGUUUGGUGGAAAUCGGUUCAGGUCUUCAAGUGCAUCAGGUCGUUUGUUAUAUGUGAUAGGAAUGUUACACGCUCAGUUUACUUACAAGCAUAUGUGGGAUCUGAUAUUUGAAACACUAAUGUAUUCUGGAACCACUGAGCUGGUCUGCUGUUAGGGGUCGACGAUAGGAGAUGUAACCCUGGACUGCCUUUCAGUAAACCCAUCGAGUUUAGGCUCGUUAGAUUUGUCUUAACUAGUUCUCUUUAUGUUUCUAAUUGACGAAAUGGGAUGUGGCGGAUGAAACCCUGAAAUGCCGAUAUGAAACGGAUUUUCGUAUAUCGUUUUCAGUGGUUCCAUAAUUCAAGUGGUAACUGCAUACUUUGUUUGGGUCGGGGGUGUUUUUACAUUAAAAUUAAAUACUUUUUAAAUACUUAACAGGUAGGUGAGGCAGUUCAGUGCACGUGGAUUAACCGCAAAUUCUCAGUAAGAAGUAGAAAGUUCAUAAAAUUAGUUCCUAGAAUAUUAGUCAAUCUGCCGUCAACUUUAACAAAAAAAUAUGUAUUAUAUUAUCUACCGCUUUAAAUAAUUAAAUAAUUAAAUACUAACUGCCUACAUUAGCUAGUAACUAUUACUGUAAUUGCCGAUUAGCUGAUUGUGCUCAUUACGUUACCGAUGCAGUCCACAUAAUGGCACACGAAGAUUGCUUCACAAACAAAACGAGUCUUUUAAAUAAUCGUCCAGAUAUUAUUCGUUAAGGCGAACUCUACAUUAAUCGGAGGUUUUUAAUGACAUUCCGAACAGACUAAGUAGGUAUAUAUUAAUUGUCUUGAAUCUUGAAUGUUUCACUUAUAUUUAUUGGAGUCCUAAAAUAUAGCAAUCGCUAUAUUAUAUACAAACUUUUACCUAAAUAACUUGGUAGGCAGUGGUACACGUUUGGAACCUCAUAAUCUAGAUACGUACGACUGUUCACGGUAAGUUAUACAUUACAAACCGUGUUGAUAUUGAACCUACGCUAAGCAGAAAACCCGGAACCUUUGACAAGUCAUUACUAGUGAAGUCUAGAAUGUAGCGGUGAGUAUUGUGCGUAACGUCGUUGUUGCUACAGAAAGAUCUCGAUGGGUAUCAAUGAAGCUUGUUAUGACAAACAUAAAAGUCAUGUGAUUGAAUAGCAUCGGUGUUGAGUGUUUGCCGCCAUUGCGUCGCCUGAGAGAGCGCGACGGUUGUGUAAAUAUUGUAACUGUAUUGAUUGCUGGCUUUCAGCUUUUACAGGAAGGUCAAUUGUUUCCACAUUGUUUAACGGUAAAAGAGUCACAAAUGUUGCCAGGUGAAUUCAUUAUUUAGCAUUCAAUAGAAGAAAACUUAUCGAUUAAAAUGACUUGAGCGGUAAGAAUUCCCCUUAACUUAAGCACACUUACAAAGGGAUAUAAUGGUAAGGAGUUAGUACCGCAACCACAUGCAGUGAGCUAACGGUAGAGCUCUACACAGCAGUAUGGAGCUCAUCAACUUCAUUAUAUCGUACUUCCUUACAAAGGACCUGUCUAUGCUGACGGCCUUCGUCUGCUGGAGCCAUCAGCAGUCGUGGGAGCUGCAGCGUGCGGCGCGCGCGGCGGGUCUGCGCGUGGCGCUGGCGCGGGACAGCCGGCUCGCGCCCUCCGCGCCGCUCGGCAGGUUCCGCGAGGCCGUGCUGCUGGACCUCGCCUGUCCACACGCGCAGGAUGUGCUUCAAAAGGCGUCGUGGUCCCGCGGUUUCAACUACCGUCACUCUUGGCUGCUGCUGCACAACGCGUCGUACGAGCCGGGCGCGGUGGAGGCGGCGCUGGCGGCGCACGACAUCCUGCCCGACGCGGACGUGGUGUGGGCCGCCGCCGACGCGCUGCUGGACGUGUACAAGGUGAAGCCGGGCCUGCCCACCCUGCAGACCGGCCUGGGACUGGCGCGCGACUGCUCGCGCCGCCAGCUGGCCGCGCUAUGGGCCGCGCUGCCCACCGCCGUCUCAAGACGCAGGAAUCUGCAGAACGUCUUCCUCAAGGGUGUUACCAUAAUAACGCAACCGCAGCACUUCCGCGGCUGGUCGGACCUGCACAACCGACAGAUUGACACCUUUCCCAAGCUUACCUACCCGCUCAUGAUGCUCGCCGCGCAGGAUAUGAACUUCAGAUACCAGCUGCGGCAGGUGGACCUGUACGGCGUGUCCAACAACGGCUCGUUCGACGGCAUGGUGGGUCUGCUGCAGCGGCACCGCGCCGAGCUGGGGCUGGCCUCGCUCUUCAUCCGCCCCGACCGCAUGCUCGCGCUCGACUACUUCUCCGAGACCUACGUGCUCAGGUCGCCGUUCAUCUUCCGGCAGCCGUCGCGGUCGGCGGUGUCGAACGUUUUCCUGCUGCCGUUCAGCGGCGGCGUGUGGGCGGCCAGCGGCGGCGUGGCGGCGGUGGCGGCGCUGCUGCUGGCCGCGCUGCGCCGCGCGCCCGCGCCGCCGCCCGCGCGCGCGCAGCUGCUGCACCUCACGCUGCCCGACACCUGCACCUUCGCGCUCGGCACGCUCUGCCAGCAAGGCUUCCACAUAACGCCGGCGGUGUCGUCGGUGCGCAUGGUGAUGUUCAGCACGCUGAUGACGUCACUGUUCGUAUUCACGGCCUACUCCGCCAAGAUCGUGGCCAUCCUUCAGACGCCCAGCAACGCGCUGCAGACCAUCGAUGACCUGGUGCGCUCGCCCAUGACCAUCGGCGUGCAGGAGACCACCUACAAGAAAGUCUACUUCCUUGAGAGCUCUGACGAGGCGACGCAGCAGCUGUACCGGCGCAAGAUAGUCCCGCAAGGCGAGCGCGCCUACCACAGCGUGGUGGCUGGCAUGGCGCGCGUGCGCACUGGUUUCUUCGCCUUCCUCGUGGAGCGCGCGUCGGGCUACGACAUCAUAACGCAGACGUUCACGGAGCGCGAGAAGUGCAGCCUCAAGGAGAUCGAGGCCUUCAAGCUGCCACUCGUCGCCAUCCCCAUGAGGAAGCACUCCGGCUAUCGCGAGCUCUUCGCCACCAGGUUACGUUGGCAGCGCGAGGUGGGCCUGAUGGACCGCGUGCGGCGCGUGUGGCUGGUGGCGCGGCCGCGCUGCGAGCAGCCCGGCGGGGGCUUCGUCAGCGUCGGCAUCAUCGACGUGCUGCCCGCGCUGCAGGUGCUGGCGAUAGGCGCGUCCAUAGCGGUGCUGCUGCUGUGCGCGGAGCUGGGCGUGCACGCGCUGCGCCGGCGCGCGACCACGUGCCGGCCCUGAGCGCGGGGGGGGGGGGUGCUGUGCCCGGGAAGGAGGUCUCACGCCUAGAGUAGACGAGCACAUUACUUGCUACAAGAGUGGAGUGCACCAUCGACACCAACAUGCUACGGCUGUA